AUGGAAAGUAGCCUGCUGUACUUAAAGUCUUGUGAUUUUUUUGUUUCAGAAAUAACUUUGGCUGUCAUCCUGACUCUACUGGGACUUGCUAUUCUGGCUAUUUUGUUAACAAGAUGGACACGACGCAAGCAAAAUGAAAUGGAUGUCUCAAGAUACAAUUCAGAACAAAGUGCCAGUCUUCUGGACUAUGAGCAUGGUAGAGAUUUUUCCUCUCAGAGAUCUGAAGGAGGAAGAGGACUCCGACAUUCAUAUUCGACAGAAAGUGUUGACGAUUCUGGAAAAAUCACAUUAUCUCCUAUGGUUAUAUUUCCAGGUUACAUGGAUGGAGAACUUGCAAAAAAAUCAGAUCCCAGAGUCUCGAUUCUAAAAACUGGAGGCACUGCAAAGUCAAAGCGUAGCGAAGACAAAAACAAGGAAGCACUAAAGAAGGAAAUCUCCUUCACAGGUUCUGAGGAGUCCUUGGUGCACAAAACAAAGUCAGAAAGAAAAGCAAAAGACACUGAUUUGGACACAGGGAAGAUAGACAUGGAGGCCAAGGUAAAGGGAAGUGAUAUGGGAAUGCCAAGAAGAGAGGAAGCCCAAGUAAAGGCGAGUGAGGCCGGAAUACCACAAGGACAAGCAUCUCAAGAAAAGGAGAAUGAGGUGGAAAUACCACAAGGACAAGCAACUCAAGAAAAGGAGAAUGAGGUGGAAAUACCACAAGGACAAGCAACUCAAGAAAAGGAGAAUGAGGUGGAAAUACCACAAGGACAAGCAGCAUCUCAAGAAAAGGAGGGUGAGGUGGAAAUACCACAAGGACCAGAAUCUCAAGUGAAGAAGAGUGAGGCCAAAACACCAAAAGGACCAAAAGCGAAAGUAAAGAAGAGUGAGGCUGGGACACCACAAGGUCAGAAACCUCAAGAAAACACUGAGAGUUCUGAAGCUAAAGGAAACCAGGUCAAAGAAAAGGAAGAUGCAGGAAAGACUGAAGAUACGAAAGAAACUGAUGCCAAAGACAAGAAAAGUGGUGAAGGAAAGGACCAAGUUAAGGGAAAGAAAGAACCACAAGUCAAGCGUAAAAAAGCAGAAGCAAAAAAGGAGACAGGCAAUUAAAUGAAGGAAGUACAAUGAAAGGAGGCAGAGUGAAGAUAAAUGAAAGGAAAGCCCGUGUGACAACUGAUUAUUAUGGAUCCUAUCGCCCAGAUCCGAGUCAUAUCCCAGCCAUUGCUUAAAUGGAUUAUAACUAUAGAAUGCUUAUGAUCCAUAUAUCUUUAGAAGUUUCACCAUUUUUAGACCUCUCAGCCACAAACCUG